AAAACCCACAGCUUUGCCUUCCAAGAUGUUGAACCUCAACUCGCCAGAUGAUAACAGCAACAGGAACUCUCUCCAGGACCCAGUGUCACUGAAUGUCGGUGGAGAAAUUUACACGACAACCUUAGACACUCUAACGCGCUGCCGUGACUCGAUGCUAGGUGCCAUGUUCACCGGACAAAUCCCCGUGCUCAGGGAUAACCAGGGAAACGUUUUCAUAGACCGUGAUGGUAAAGUGUUCAGGUACAUUCUGAACUACCUGCGCUCCAGCUCCCUGGACUUGCCUGAAGGCUUUUCUGAGCUCGCCCUGCUGCGGAGAGAGGCAGAUUUCUUCCAGAUACACCCCCUGCUGGAGGAGAUCCAUCGCUGCGAGGCGGCAGUACCACUCAGCUGUAGAGGAGGGCCACUCGGAGCCAUGCUUAUCCUAAACGUUGACUCCAAGGUCCGCGUCCUCCACUUUAACUUGCGGCAUGGGCCAGAAAACUACGAGCUCCGUACAUGCUCCGUACGAGCCUUCACAGUCGACCUCUUUUGUACUUGGAGAGCCUUCCUGGCUCUGCUCUGUGAGCGCUUCUCCUACAGGUCAUCCCAGGGUCACAGUAGCCCUCAUCCAUGCAACUCCAGGCAGAACAGGCUCAAGUUGGAAUGGGUGCCAAGACCUGAUGAACUCCCGCAGGACCAAUACGACAAGCAGCGCUACAGAGGACUGACUGUCUUUAACGCUGACGUCACGCAGUCAGAUGACAUCAUGAAUGUGCACCAAAACCAAUGUGAAAUCACCGACAUGCAGGGUUUUGUGGAAGAGCUGCUGAAGGUGUCUCUGGCUGAAGGAUUCAAGGUUGAUCUGGUGACUCCGGACCCAGCUGAAAUCCUUAACUGCACCUCACUUCGGCUCGUCAAGUGCUGAACUUACUGAAAGCACCAGAACACACAGUAAAACUACUGAUGUUUGUCUCUAGCCACAACUGUAACCCAUCACCCCUAGGACUUAAACUGUUUAAACAAAUCUUCUAUGAGUUAGAGUUCAGGUUAACUUUGUAAUAUGGACAUCACAGGGAUACAGGUCAUUAAAAGGCUUUUUUCUUGGGACCCAUGUGUGUUUUCUUAGUAAAAAUAAUACAUUGUCUUAGAUAAUAGAUGAUUUUGACUGACCCCUCACACUGUGAAAAUAUUAUGGUAUAUGUAACAUUGAAUGUAACC